AUGGCUUCAAAUUCAACUCCUUGGAUGAACACCUCGUCUUGGUCGCCUAGUCGAACAAGUACUAAAAAUCCCUUUGAUGAUAGUAAUGAAGAUCCAUUUGAUGACAUGCACGCAACGCCUCUACAAGAUAUUGAAACUAGUACCACUGCACGCCUGUCCAGCGAAACGCAACAAAGAGAUGCAGCUGAUCAAUCCGGUGCUCUCUCAGAAGAGGAACGUAUAAUUGAGGACAUUCGAAAUGAGCGUCUGUCAUGUGAAAUUUGUUUAGAACCCGUACGCUUUGCAAAGGAUCGUUACUUGUGGAAUUGCAAGUCUUGCCAUGCUGUUACUCACCAUCGAUGUACGCUAUUAUGGGCCAAGGCAAAACCAGUUGGAAGGACCCUUGCUUGGAAAUGUCCCAAAUGUGAAAAUAUUGAACGAUCGAGCCCCAAGGGAAAAUGCUGGUGUGAAAAGGGUAGCCCAUUACAUGACCACCCUACCAUCCCGAACGCGUGCUUUGAUGGUGUUUGCGAUAUUAUUAUUGGAAUUCGACUGAUGUUUGCUACAUUUAGAAUCGUUGGUGGUCCAGACAUACAAUGGUAUAAUCAGAUGAAGGACUCUUGCCAUGGGUUUAACACCCGGGUCGAGAUAGGUACUCGUUUCGCAGCGUCAACAUACACUCUCCACAGUCUCAAUGCCUCUAUCGACAAUCAAACCUUCUACCUCGCUCCCGUACUUGCACCAAAAUUUGGUAGCAAAGAGCCUUAUCAAUACUUUCAUCGUUUCUCUGGUAACACAACCAAUACUGCAAAUUUUGCUAUCGAUGUUGAUGUAGAUAAUGGUGUCUGGCGCGAAGUGCAUUUCGAUGGAACCGAUGAGCUCACGAGAUGGUGGGCUAGCGGCCGAAAACAAUACCCUUCAGUCCAUCCUGUCUUUGAUAACAUCACUACGAUUGAAAGUGCAACCAAGCUCAAUGGUACUUUCGUAAUACGCGACGGUCACCUCUGGAUGCCCGAUUUCGAUUUGAUAAUUCAAGGAUUAGAAGAUUCGCGCAAGCAUGCCGAAAUCGAACCUUUCAUUCGUGUGUUCGACACACAGGGUCUUCCUCACUCACGAACUGAAAAGCUGCUGAGUCCCAAGUGGAACUGGAACAAUAGAUACGACCCGAAUAUCGUAAUGCGUACAGCAAGUUCUGGUCAUGGCAGGCAGAGAUUGGAUAUGUGUAUAAAAGAAAACUUUUAUUACGCCUCCAGCGGAGCACAGCAAAAGCUUGAUGGCGUAAGUGAUGGAUCCAUUAUGCCAUUGGCUGUUAUUGCCGCUUUCAGAAUGAGAAUGAAUGAGAUGUACGCAUUGAAAUCCGGGAGACCUUUCAAUACCAAAAAAUAUUCGGAGUAUGAUGACGUUAAGCGUAUAGCAUAG